CUGCAGAACGACACGGUGACCAUCCGGACGAGGAAGUUCAUGACGAACAGGCUGCUCCAGCGCAAGCAGAUGGUGAUUGAUGUCCUUCAUCCUGGAAAAGCCACCGUCCCCAAAACUGAGAUCCGUGAGAAGUUGGCCAAAAUGUACAAAACCACCCCCGACGUCAUUUUUGUCUUUGGCUUCAGGACUCAUUUUGGGGGUGGGAAAACUACCGGCUUUGGCAUGAUCUACGAUUCCCUCGACUACGCCAAGAAGAAUGAGCCAAAGCACAGACUGGCGAGGCAUGGCCUGUAUGAGAAGAAAAAGACUUCUAGAAAACAGCGCAAAGAGCGUAAGAACAGGAUGAAGAAAGUCAGGGGCACGGCCAAAGCGACUGUCGGGGCCGGCAAGAAGUGAGCCAGCCAGCAGAUUUCACAG